GAGAGAGAGAGAGAGAGAGCGAACGCGUGGUGGAUCGUGUGCGGCCACUCGGUGAAUCGGUAACUGCACUUUGCUCGAUCGGUCGCGCGAACCCUCGACUCUCAGAGGUUGUUGGUCAAUUGCUCUGUACGCGUGUGUCAGUGGUGUGGGUGAUUCUCUCGUGUGAUUCGACACACCGUUUCGCGGCCGACCAUGGAACCGCGGAGGUUCCGGAUACCGAAGGCUAGCUGAUGGGUCCGCCGACGCGAUCGGAUGUCCGCGCGGGAGGGUAGGAGGUACUACGAGCCGCUGGAUGAAAGUGAAAACGAAUCGGACCGGGACACGGGGGGGAUGAACGAACGAGGAAUACGCUGCGUGGAGAACGUCCGAUCGUGUGAGACACAGACACCUAAUGUCGUGAUGUGCACGGGGAGCCGUUUGAUGGAGAAAUAUUCCACGCCACGCACGCUGGCCGUAAAACGUUCGAGGAACGAGAGGGUCCGACCCGGCAUGGCGAGCCCGAACAGGAAGAAUGUUCAUUGACGUUCAGGCUUCAGACGAGAUCCUGGCGAAGUGGCGUCUCACUGGCCGGCGACUGGAUCGCGCACAGAAAGACAAAUGUUUCCCAAAGGCUGCAAACUCGCUGGAUUGUGUGUGCAGGGCCACCCUCUUUAGAAUUCCCCGUCGGUGGAGCAAGGAGCUCGUAAAAGACAAAGGGGGUUGGCAGCACAGGGGCGGAGAGAGAGAGAAGGCGCCGCGCAAGGGAGGCACAGAGGAGGCACAGCGAGAGCCGAGCAGGAACGAGAAAGGAAAUAAGAAAGAUGGGAGAGAGCUCGCCGGAUCUCAGCCUCCGGCUCCGCCGGGGCAGCUCCGACUCCAGGGAUUCCUUCUACAUGGAUUUCGCCCAGGGCAUCGACUCGGACAUCGAGGAGGUGACGCGUCCGGGAGAGAACUCGGACCCGAUGAUGGACAACCAUCUGGAGGAGAAUGGGAACGAGCUGCCGCCGAUAGAGGACAUCACCACGAUCCCGGAGGAGGCUUCGGAGGAGCUGCGCGAGGAGGAGGAAGCCGCGGCGAUGGAAGCCGCGCUGCGAACACCCGAGGGCCCAAUAAUUAACACGGAAGCGGAGAAACCAGCGCAGCAACCCCCGCCGUCGCAGCUCUCCACACUCGACCCGCAAGACUGGCCAGGAUUGCCGGCUGCGCUACCGUCACCGGCUUCACCGUCCGCGGUAAUCGUUUCACCGGAAACGCUGUCUAGACACAGCAGCAGCUCACCCUCCCGCGCUCAUCGGCCACCCCAGUUCGCCCUGGCUCUACCAUGCUCCUCGCAGCCCAUUUCCGCGGUCUGCUAUCCAGCACCGACCUUCCUCGACGUCGCCGAAGACCGGAAGUGGAAGAAGCUUGGA